AAACUUAAACUAAACAUUCGGGUUGCACUACAUGCUUACAAUUAUUAAAGGAAAAAUUAAAUAUUUUAUAAGUAUUUUAUGCAAAAAAAAAUUAAAGUUUCUCUGCCAGCCCUCUAACUACCUUGCAUUAACGCCGUUGUUUUUCUUAUUGUUCAGCUUUGACAUUAUCCAAUUGUAAACAACAAAUAAAUUAACAACAAAUAUAAUUUCUUCUUAUUUAAAAUAAUGCUAAAAUUGCAAACAAUUACCAAUAAUGAUUUAUCAUUAUAUACCUCUUACACAAAAUGUGCCGAAAUACAUUAUUUUACCUCUAAUUUUAAUAUAGUUUGUGUAAUAUGUCAACAGUUCUAUAAAAAUUAUCCGGAUUUUGUUAAACAUUUUCAGGAUAAUCAUUUGUUAGAGUUUAUGGAAAAUAUAAAUGAAUUAAAUAGCAAAAAUGAUCGAAAAUUUAUAAAAUGUGUUAAACAGGAAUUAACAGAAACUCCUAUUAACGAAAAGAACUACACAACUGAGGAAGUACAGGCGGGUAUUUUUGAUGAUGUUACAACUUAUGAUGAAUUAUUGUAUUUUAAGGUGGAAGAUGUUCAGGAAAAGUUUAAGGCAAAUUUACCAUCUAACGAAGAUCAACUAAAUGUUACUCUCAACGAAAGUCCCACACAUUUUGAUAAUGAAAAAACUUUCGAAGACGAACUCGAUUGGUCACAAUCGUUUUCAUGCAACGACUUAAAACUAAAAGAAAAACGUUCAUAUAAACCACGAAAUCAACCCAAUAGUUGCGGUUAUUGUGGCAAAACAUUUCGUAGACGUUAUCAACUUGACACACAUAUCAACAUACAUACCGGUUUAAAACCACAUCAAUGUGAUGUUUGUGGCAGACAAUUUCGUGCGAUAACAACAUUGCAGCGUCACUUAAAUACGCAUAGCGAACGUAAAACGUUUACAUGUCAAUUCUGUUCCAAAGAAUUCGGACACCGGGCGGCAUUAGUUAGUCAUGAGACACGUCAUACACAAGAACGUUGUAUCGCUUGUGAUGAUUGUACGAAAAUGUUUUAUACCCAAAAUCAGCUAGAUACUCACAAGCGUAAAGUACACAAUAAAUUAGAUGAUUGUGGUUUACCAUUUGCUUGUGAUUUAUGUACUAAACGUUAUCGUACAGCCUCCAUGUUGAGUACACAUAAAUAUAAGAAACACUAUAGAAUGGCGAAGUUAUCCUGCGAGCAGUGUGAUAGAAAAUUUGUGGAACAGAGACAAUUAAAGGAUCACAUGUUAAGUAUACAUUUUAAGAAAUGUUCUUAAGAAUAGAGAUAAUUUAUUAAAAUUUCCUAUUACUAAUGAUA